GAUUUUUGCCAAAUUAGGUUGUUAAUCGCGAAGAUCACAAAUCAGCUCUUACCAGCUUUGCUAAACCACAAGUCGGUCAAUACGAAGGCGAAUGAAAAACAGUUGGCUAAUAAACGUGCUGUGUGUUAGUUGAAUUGUGCCAAGCGUCUAGAUCAAACAAGUGCAAUUUUUUUUUUUUUAACAAGCUGCCUUCAUUUCAAUUAAGUGAACGCCCAUAAUGCCGCCUGUGCAAGUACAAGCAGCUGACAUGUCGCUAGCUGCUAUGCAUUGUGCCCGCUGUGCGGACGGCUUCGAACCCAACGAGAAGAUCGUCAACUCCAACGGUGAACUCUGGCAUACACAAUGUUUCGUGUGUGCGCAAUGCUUUCGCCCCUUCGAGGAUGGCAUCUUCUAUGAAUUCGAAGGACGCAAGUACUGUGAGCGUGAUUUCCAUGUACUCUUCGCACCGUGUUGCAAUAAGUGCGGUGAAUUCGUGAUCGGGCGUGUUAUCAAGGCGAUGGGCGCUAGCUGGCAUCCACAGUGCUUCCGUUGUCAAAUGUGUGCCAAAGAGCUGGCCGAUACCGGUUUCAUACGCAAUCAAAAUCGUGCCUUAUGCCAUGAGUGCAAUGCCAAAGUGAAGGCCGAGAUAACGGGUCGUUAUAUGUGUCAUAAGUGCCAUGGCGUCAUUGACGAUGCACCGUUGCGUUUCCGUGGCGAAGUCUACCAUGGUUAUCACUUUAAUUGUACGUCGUGUGGCGUGGAAUUGGACUCAACCGCGCGUGAAGUCAAGAGUCGACCCGGCUUAACGGCCAAUGAUAUGAACGAAUUAUACUGCUUGCGCUGCCACGACAAGAUGGGCAUACCGAUUUGCGGCGCUUGUCGUCGUCCGAUCGAGGAGCGCGUGGUCACCGCUUUGGGCAAACAUUGGCACGUCGAGCACUUCGUAUGCGCCAAAUGUGAGAAGCCUUUCUUGGGCCAUCGUCACUACGAGAAGCGUGGUUUAGCAUACUGCGAAACACAUUAUCACCAAUUGUUUGGCAAUUUGUGCUUCGUUUGCAAUCAAGUCAUAGCUGGUGAUGUGUUCACAGCGUUGAAUAAGGCCUGGUGUGUGCACCAUUUCGCUUGCUCCAUAUGCGAUAUGAAAAUGACGCAGAAAUCGAAAUUCUAUGAAUAUGAUGAGAAGCCAGUUUGCAAGAAAUGCUACGAACGUUUCCCCAACGAAUUGAGGCAACGUUUGCGUAAAGCACAUGAAAUGUCUAUGAAGAAGAACUUCUAAAUGUCUGCGUGAAAACUGCUUAUAACAAUUAGAACAAUACGUUGUGAAUGCAACGUUCUAAUACGCAAUGAUUACUAUAUGUAAAGUGAGGCCAAAAAAGUCAUAAAGCAAAGCAUAAAUGAUAAUUAAAAUUUUGAAGACUAACUAAUCCGUUGGCCAGCCUUGGAAAAUGCAUUAACUAAGUGCCUGUAAACGAUAUUUUUUUGUAUUUAUAAUACGGAACACUGUUAUAUUGCCAUCAUCGCCACUGUCAGAAUUCAAAACACAAGCACAAUAUACAUAUAUACAUACAUAUUUAUGUGUGCCUAGUAAAAGCAACAACUAAUAGUCAAUAUUAUUAACAUGUACAGUAACUUUUUUUAUUCAGAAGGCGGCAGUUUGCGCGUGCCGCUAUAUAGUUUGCAUCGCGUGUUUAAAGCAUACAGUUUACAAACAGCCUCCAUAACAAUUUUAUUAUAUAAGUGUUUUGUAAAUGCCAACAUAUCCGAAUAAAAUUGCAUGUCUAAUUAUAAGGCGAAAAUUUACUACUGCCAACCUCUCGACAUCACUUUUAGUCUACAUACAAUUAUAAUAUUCUGUGUUGUUUAUAUGUGUCAACGCUGUUGUGCCUUUUACUCAGCCUCCAACUUGAAUAAGUAAUUUUUAUGAAGUUUAGUUUUAUGGUUUUUUUUUUUUUUUUGUUUUGUGACAUCGUAAUAUUUUCGACCCCUAGAGUGUCUGUUGUAAUUUAUGUAAUAAAUUUAAACUCUUUACUGCAGCUAAAAUAAUAUUAAAAGUAGUGUACGCGAUAUUUGCUAUAAUAUUUGUAAAGCAUUUCGUACAUUGAUUUAACAAUCAUUACAAUUAAUUAGUAUUUUGUGUUUAUGUAAUUAUUUUUUAUUUAAAAUAUCGUAUCGUGUAAUAAUGUGUGUAAUUGUUUAUUUAAAUGUAUUUGCUAAAGCAAACCGAUUUAUAUGUUGGAAAUAAUGUAAUAGAAACAAGAAUACAGCUGAUUAUAACAAUGA